UGAAGAGGGACGAAAGAUUUAUGAACUGAUAGGUGGUCGAGCUUUGUUUGGCUGGACCGUUGCGCGCAAUAAAUCGAAGGGUUUUCGUGUUUCCUCCACUUGAGGGAUUAUUCAGGCGCUCGAUGGCCACCCGGCGCGCCACACAGCACCACUUAGCGCCGCUGUGACACCCAGUGGAGCUCCGAGCCCUGGACAGCGAGUCUCCAGUGGAUAACCAGCUCCCCCCACUCUCCCUUCCUCUUCCUCUCUGUCAGUGCGUGCGUUCUGCAUGCGUCAAGGGAGCACCGUGCGUAACGGGGGAGAGUCGUGCGUAACUGGAGACAGAUUUCACUCCAUUUUGCUCUGGGAUUCUGAGGACCACUGGCGGUGUAACGCUCUCACGCAGGGACACUGGCCGCUGGAUUUCGUUAUAUUUUCCUCUUUUCAAACAUCUCACGGCCCGUCUUCUCUCCCUCCCUCGCUAUACUAUACGCCAGUCGCACGUCAGAGCUGACAUGACGACCGAGACCCCUCAGCAGCAGCUGGACCCUCCGCCUCCUCUAAGAUCCAGCCCGGCGUCCGGAGUCCUGCACCCGGACAUGCUGAGCCCACAAGCCGCCACAGAGAGUUCUUCCAGCAUUAAAGGAAAGAAGACGACCUCCGGCUUAAGGCGACCGGAGAAGCCGCCGUACUCCUACAUCGCUCUCAUCGUUAUGGCAAUACAGAGCUCCCCCACCAAGAGACUGACACUCAGUGAGAUCUACCAGUUCCUGCAAGCUCGCUUCCCAUUCUUCAGGGGCUCAUAUCAGGGCUGGAAGAACUCGGUGCGGCAUAAUCUGUCCCUGAACGAGUGCUUCAUCAAGCUGCCCAAAGGGCUGGGCAGGCCGGGGAAGGGCCACUACUGGACCAUCGACCCAGGCAGCGAGUUCAUGUUCGAGGAGGGCUCGUUUCGACGCAGACCCCGAGGCUUCAGAAGAAAAUGUCAGGCUCUGAAGCCCAUGUAUCGGAUGAUGAACGGAAUUGGCUUCGGAACCUCCAUCCUCCCGCAGAGUUUUGACUUUCAAGCUCCAUCCGCCUCUCUCGCCUGUCACAGCAACGGCUACAACUUGGACAUGAUGAGCAAUUCAAUGGCCGGGGGGUACGACGGGCUGAGCAGCGGCCACCACGUACCCCACAUGUCCCCCAGCCCCGGAUCCACGUACAUGGCGAGCUGUCCCGUGCCGUCUAACGGAGAGUACGGACAGGACAGCAGCAGCAGCCCCGUGCCUUCCUCUCCGGCCAUGGCCAGCGCGCUGGACGGACACUCCCCGUACGCCAAUUCCUCCGCACACUGGGCGUCCUCCGGCGGGUCUCCCUACAUCAAACAGCAGCCUCUCAGCUCCAACAGCCCCGCAUCGUCCGGUUUACACUCCGGCAUGUCGCCUUACUCCCUGGAGCAGAGCUACCUUCACCAGAACGGCAGGGACAGCCACAGCAGCGACAUAUCAGUGGGGAUCCCGCGCUAUCAGAGCCACUCCUCUGUGUGCGACAGGAAAGAUUUUGUGUUAAACUUUAACGGCAUCUCCUCCUUCCACCCUUCUGCUGGAGGAUCCUAUUACCACCAUCACCACCACCACCACCCCCAGAGCGUCUGUCAGGACAUCAAGCCCUGCGUGAUGUGAGCUCUCCUGCAAGAGGACAUUUUUUUUUCCAUUUGUUCUUAUUUUUUUGGACAUACGGAGGAUGUAUCGUGGCGUCCGCACUCACACUUUGCGUGCAGCCAAAGUAGCUUUCUUGGUUGGACUUGAGAAAACUAUGCAAUUGAAGGAAAUGAAUGAAGAAACCCACAGUGGCCUUUAAAAAUAAAAAAAUAAAAAUGAUAAACCACUCUGCCAAUAUGAACCCUGACAAGCGCUUUCUUCUUCAAAAGAAGCUUCAGAAACUUUUUUAAUGUGUUUGCUCUUGUACCACGUGCAAACUUUAUAUUCUAUGUAACUAUGUUCUAUCCUAUUAGAGUACACACACGACGCUUUAGGCUAACAUGAACUGCAAACAAGCCUUGCACUUAUUGUAUAACCCUUUGCCAACUUUCUGUCCUGUAAAAGGUUUCAAUAAAGCUGAUAUAUAUUUUA